AUGUCGCAGUACUCUGGAAAGAUCCCCUUGAUCGAUGCCCAACGUCUCAUACAAGGAGACUGGAACAGAGACAACAUUUUAUUCAUUCAGACUGUGGUUUGGUUGCAGAUCACCUUCUACGAGGGAAAAUGUUUCACCGGCAGGAAGCUGGAGGUCAGAGGAGACUGUGAUAACUUCCAGGACCGCGGCUUCAUGAACAGGGUGAACUCCAUCCGCGUGGAGAGCGGCGCCUGGAUCUGCUUCGACCACCCCGACUUCAAGGGCCAGCAGUACAUCCUGGAGCACGGCGAGUACCCCGAGUUCCAGAGGUGGAACUCCCACAACGACCACAUGGGAUCCUGCAAGCCCAUCCGCAUGCAUGGGGAGCACUACCGCAUCGAGCUGUUCGAGGCCUGUAACUUCUCCGGUCAGUGUGUGGAGAUCUGCGACGACUGUCCCUUCCUGCAGAGCCGCGGCCUCUCCAAGAACUGCAUCAACUCCGUCAAGGUGUACGGAGACGGAGCCUGGGUGAUGUACGAGGAGCCUAACUUCCGCGGCCGUAUGUACAUCGUGGAGCGUGGAGACUACUGCAGCCACAACGAGUGGCAGGCCCAGAACCCCAACAUCCAGUCCAUCCGCAGGGUCGUCAACUACUUCUAAACGCUGCUCUGACCUCUG